GGAAAAGAAAAAAAAAACAAAAAGAACCACAAAAUUUAGGGUUUCGUUUUUUGCUCAUUACGUUGGAAUCAAUCCUUUGCGUUAUUCAUUAAUAACAUAUCCUUGUGAAGUAGAAGCAAGGCUCGCGGCAUUGUUCUGCGAGUUUUGACUUUUAAGUCUCACCUUCUUCAUCAACCUUUUAGCUAAGCAUUUUCUUGUUUCUCCUAUUUAGCAUUGUUUGGUUAAUCAAUCUUCAUCGACAAAUUGUCCAUUCAUGUGUUGGUGAUGGACAUGAUUUUGAUUUCUAAUGUCCUUACUUUGGGGUAAUGAGAUGUGUCAGGUUUUGAAGUACAUUGAGCAGGGAUGGAUAUUGCUGCUCUUUUAACUUCUACUGGAAUUAAUAUUGUAAUUUGUGUGGUGUUGUUUUCAUUUUAUUCUAUAUUAAGAAAACAACCCAUCAAUGUUAAUGUGUAUUUUGGAAGAAGAUUAGCCUCUCAACAUUCAAAACGCAUUAAUCUAUGUCUGGAAAGAUUUCUUCCCUCCCCUAGCUGGAUAUGGAAAGCAUGGGAAACAUCUGAAGAUGAGAUAAUGGCAAUUGGUGGAUUAGAUGGUGUGGUUUUUGUGAGGAUACUUGUUUUCAGUAUUCGAGUGUUUUCCAUCGCUGCUGGCAUUUGUAUUAUUUUAGUACUUCCUAUAAAUUACCAUGGCCAAGACAGAAUUCAUAAGAUUAUACCUUUCGAGUCGCUGGAAGUUUUUACCAUCGAGAAUGUCAAAGAAGGUUCAAAAUGGCUUUGGGCUCAUUGUCUUGCUCUAUAUGUCAUAACAUUAUCGGCUUGCACUCUUCUUUAUUUUGAAUAUAAAAGCAUUACUUAUCUGAGGCUACUACAUAUUAUUGGAUCACCUCCAAAUCCUAGUCAUUUUACAAUUCUUGUUCGAUCAAUUCCUUGGUCAUCAGAACAAUCAUACUGCGAAACUGUAAAAAAUUUCUUUUCACACUACCAUGCACCAACAUAUUUGUCGCACCAAAUGAUUUACAAGUCUGGUACAGUUCAAAAAUUGAAGGAUGAUGCUGAACAUAUGUGUAAGGUCAUUAAACAUGCUUCAGUGGAAAAGACUUGCAAGUCCAAUUUUACGCCAUGUUGCUAUCCUGGAUUUGCAACAAAUUCGUUUAAGAAGAUUUCUAGUGAAAUGGAUAGUAUACAAAGGAAAAUGAGCUACAAUAACAUGCAUUUAGAUACAGGAGAAAAGGAUUGUGCUGCUGCUUUUGUGUUCUUUAAAAGUCGGUAUGCUGCUCUUAUGGCUGCACUUGUACAACAAACAUCAAAUCCUAUGUUAUGGGUGACAGACGUAGCUCCUGAACCACAUGAUGUUUAUUGGUCCAAUAUUCGCAUACCAUAUAGGCAACUUUGGCUUCGUAAGAUAGCUACAUUCGUGGCCUCGGUUGCCUUCAUGCUUGUGUUCCUUAUCCCUGUUACAUUUGUACAAGGCUUGACUCAAUUAGACAAACUUCAAAAAAUGUUACCAUUUCUUACAGGGAUACUUAAAGAGAAAAUUGUGAAUCAGGUGGUGACUGGUUAUCUACCAAGUGUGAUAUUGGUUUUAUUUUUGUACGCAGUUCCACCUAUGAUGAUGUUUUUUUCUGCUGUGGAGGGUUCUAUUUCUCGCAGUUCAAGGAAAAAGAGUGCAUGUUGUAAAGUCUUAUACUUCACAAUUUGGAAUGUGUUUUUUGUUAAUGUAUUUACUGGUUCUGUUAUUAGUCAACUUUCAGUCUUUUCUAGCGUAACAGAUCUUCCAAGUCAACUUGCUAAGGCAGUUCCAGCACAGUCGACUUUCUUCACAACUUAUGUUUUAUCAUCUGGUUGGGCAAGUUUGGCAUGUGAAGUUAUGCAAUUUUUCCCUCUUUUAUGCAAUAUUGUUGAGAGAUUCAUACUUAGGCAUAAGGAAGAUACACUGAAUGGCAACCUAUCUUUUCCAUACCAUACAGAAGUUCCAAAAGUCCUACUGUUUGGAUUCCUUGGGUUCACUUGUUCCAUUUUGGCACCCUUAAUAUUGCCCUUCUUGUUGAUCUAUUUUUUCCUUGCUUACCUUGUUUACAGAAACCAGAUUAUCAACGUGUACAUUACAAAAUACGAUAGUGGGGGUCAAUUUUGGCCAAUUGCUCACAACACAACAAUCUUUUCAUUGAUAUUUGCCCAACUUAUUGCACUAGGGGUGUUUGGACUUAAGAGCUCAUCAAUUGCAUCUGGAUUCACCAUUCCAUUGUUGAUUGGUACGCUUCUAUUUCACCAGUAUUGUAGAAAACGAUUUCUCCCAGUGUUUAAAAGCAAUUCAGCACAGAUUCUUAUUGACUUGGAUUUGAGAGAUGAACGCUGUGGAAGGAUGGAAGAAAUUUAUGAACAAUUGCGUACAACCUACAACCAACCUAAUGUAAUGUUGCAUGCCUCGUGCCAUCCCCAAUGUUGUGGUCAUCAUGAGAACAAGGAUAGUGGUGAAUCUUCAGAAGAUAUGGAGAAAGGUAAGGAAAAUAAUCAAAAAAAUCGACCACAAGCCGUUCAACGCUCAUUGAGCUUGAGUUCGGAUAAAUCAGUACUUGGUGUAAAUUAAUUUGUAACUGGAAUUGUACAAUAUUGUAUAAAAAUAUCAUUAUGUGCUUUAAAGGUGUCUGUGCAUAAACAAUUAAUCAAGUUAAAAUGAAUAUUUGUUACAUUGUUCAUCGAAUGUUUCCAAAUGUAAAUAGCCUUUUUUUUAUAAA